UGCCAGAACAAUAUUCGGUAAACAGUCCUGCUUUGUAGUUAUAUCCGACUUUGUAGUUAUAUCCUUUAGUUUCAUUUUUCUGCUACACUGAAGAUCCAAGGACACACUCAAGAUGUCUUGAAGUGUUCGCUAGUGUAGGUGACAGUGAGCUACGUUGGUGACUGCAUGAGCAACAGUUUUUCAUCAGCACAAACUUGCCAGCGGGGACAUACUACAAAUAUUCGGCGUUUUAAAGCUCCUGCUCUCUCUCUCUCUCUCUCUCUCUCUCGCUCUGUCUCACCACACAGUCCACAGUGAAGUCUCAGCAUACCUGUUAGCAGAUCUGCUUGGACAUUCAGCCAACAUGAGGCUGGCAGGACCACUGCGUGUAGUCGCAGCUUUACUACUUGUGGGCCUUGUCUGGCUUCUUGCAAGUUCUAUGCUGGGAGGAGAUGGGACUUCUGUGUUAAGGCUCUUUUUCAGUGGCGGACAUGAGGAGCCCACACCAGAGCCAAGACCACGUAAGUACAAAUGUGGUCUGUCCGCACCCUGUCCUCCAAAGCACCUGGCUUUCCGUGUGGUCUCUGGCGCUGCCAACGUCAUCGGGCCCAAAAUCUGUCUCGAGGAUAAAAUCCUUGCCAGCAGCGUCAAGAACAACGUUGGCAGGGGACUCAAUAUUGCUUUAGUAAAUGGGGUGACUGGAGAGCUUUUGGAGACAAAAUCCUUUGACAUGUGGGCAGGAGAUGUGACAGAUCUGCUGAAGUUUCUGCGACCUCUUCAUGAGGGAACAUUGGUCUUUGUGGCCUCUUUUGAUGAUCCAGCCACCAAGUUAAAUGAUGAGGCUCGUAGACUCUUUGAAGAACUGGGAAGUACAGCUGUGAAGGAAUUGGCUUUUAGGGACAGUUGGGUCUUUGUGGGAGCCAAAGGGAUAGAAAAUAAGAGCCCAUUUGAACAGCGAAUGAAAAAUAGUAAAAAUACCAAUAAAUACGAGGGCUGGCCGGAGUCGUUGGAGAUGGAUGGCUGUAUUCCUCUGCGCCCCCCCCUUAGAAAACUAAACCGUUAACCUGGACACAGACCCUCAGAAACACAGAUGAGACCAGCAUGAAGGAAAUUGUACAGAUAGGAUAAAUCGCCAGCCAUCUCAUGGAUUGCACUGCUGCCAUCCACGUUUUUUUUUUUUUACCACAGUGUGUUUCCAGGACACAGAUGGCAGAAUGACAUGAAACAGACUUGUGUUUUUUCUUGUCAAACUAGUCUUUCGGUGGUUGAUCAGAAUGAAUGCCUCUGUAUGGACUUUAUGCUGCAAUAACAGUAGUAAUGACACGAAUGAAACAACAGAGGGGUUUUUUUUUUUCUGCUGCAACAUGUGACUGCCUUCCAGAUACAGAACAACUGGACCAAACCUAUUACAAACGCAAAAAGACAAAGAA